GUGCCAAACUCAAAACACAGUCACUCGAACUCAUUCCUGGCUGUCAUCACACCUUUGCUGGCCAUGGCAGAAGACGGCGAACCUCACCGCUUCAAAAUCGUCACCGGGGCAGACUCCUUCGGCUGCUCUCUCAAAGAAGCCCUAGUCUCCCACCUCAAGUCCCUCAACAUCGAAGUCGAAGACGUCGGCACCGACUCCUACUACUCCGUCGCCGCCGAAAUCGGCCGCCGCGUCAGCUCCUCCCCCGAAGACACCCGUGGCCUCCUCGCCUGUGGCACAGGCGUUGGCGUCGCCAUGUUCGCCAACAAAUUCCCAGGCGUCUUCGCCGCUACCUGCCUCUCUGCCGCCGACGCCCUCAAUGCCCGUUCCAUCAACAACUCCAACGUCCUGGCCGUCUCUGGCAUGUCCACCGCACCUGAAUCCGCUGUCGAAAUCCUCGACACUUGGCUCAAAACUCCCUUCAAAUCCCCCUGCCCCGCCUCCGAGUUCAAACCCUGGCCCAAAGAAAUCGAAUCCUUCCUCGAUAACUCAGUCUCCGAAAUGUCCAAAAUCGGAUCCGAAAAGACUAAAACCUCGGAUUCGUGUUCGAUUUGUUGUCUGGUGAAGAACCGAGAACUGAAUCCGAUUGAUAUAAUUCCGGGAGGGUCGAUGAAGAUACUGAGGGAGAGCCCCACGUCGGCGGUGGUGAGAUUUGAGGCCGGGAGUGUGGAGCCGGCGCACCACCACACGUUUGGGCACGAUUUGGUGGUGAUGAAAGGGAAGAAGAGUGUAUGGAAUUUGACCAAGAAAGAGAGGUUUGACCUGAUUGUUGGGGACUACUUGUAUACGCCUGCAGGGGAUGUUCAUAGAGUGAAGUACUAUGAAGAUACAGAGUUCUUCAUCAAAUGGGAUGGGCAUUGGGAUAUGUUCUUUGAUGAAGAUCUUGCAACUGCAAAAGAAGCUGCUGAGAAGGAAUCAAAGGGUGUGCACAUCUCAAGCCACAGUUGAAAUAUGAGGCUUGAAACGCAGGCGAGAAUGGGACUGGGCAUUCCUUGAAGCAGUCAAAUAGAGGCUGCAGUCCAUGGAUCACAACAAGAAUAACAAGGCCGGACAGCAGCACCCCAAUACUCCUGCGGUCUGCCAUCUCCUCUCUGAAAAGAGAAGAGAUCCCCAGAGGUAUUUGUAUCAGUUAUUUGUCUAUUUGGGUGAAUUUAGAAGAUAUUAAUUUGGUUGUUCUAAUGUUGGCUAAUAUCUUGAAAAAAACAGGUGGGAAACAGUUAGCUUUUGGUUGGUUCAAGAGCUUUCUGCUUCUCUGCUUCUGUUAAGGUGAGUUGUAUUUAUUUAUUCUUAGUAAUGGUAUGGGAGUCUCAUCAAGAUUUUUGGCACAUUCCCUGCAGGUGGGGGGUGAUGGGUAUUAAUAAAUAUUAAUGGACAUGAACUCUUUUUGUCCAUUUAAGAAUAACCCAAAUACAAGAUUUCUACAAAUAUUUCAUACAUAGAAUAACAUCAUUUAGAAUGAGUUUUAUUUUUGAAGUGAAUUUGAAUGAAAUUUAAAAAGUAGAGGGAAAUAAAUAGAAAAUUUGAAAAAAAAAAUAUUGAAAGAAAAUAAAGGAGAAAAAUAGAAGAAAAGAAAAAAAAUAAAAGAAAAGAAAAUAAAAACCAAUUCAAAUUCAAUGUGUUUUUCUUAAAAAUACUUAACUAAAUUUAUUUAUGCUCUAUAUAAUUUUUUUAAAAAUUGAGUUUAACACACUUUAUCCUCUCAACUGAUUGCGUAUUUUGCACAUUACUCUCUCUAGUUUAAAACCGAAUAAAUUGCUCUUCAAGCUUUUUAAAUACUAGCACUGUACUUUUUUAUGUUAAUGGUGUUGGUUUCAAUGAACGGAAAUAUUAUGUGUUAUGCAUGUGACUGAAUAAGAGUAGAUUUGUAAAUUCAAUCAUCUAAAAGCCCACUUUCCCUCAAUUCGAUUUUAAACUUGAGGAGAUAAUGUGCAAAACACUUAGUAGAUUGAAGGGUUAAAGUGUAUUAAACCCUAAAAAAGUUUUAUAUUUGAUUUUUCUUUAUAGAUUCCACGCACGAACUAAAAAAAAAAUUAAAUUUCUAAUUUUUUACUCUCUUCUUUUAAGACUAUACAGAAUCCAAAUGUGACCUCAGUGUUUGGUAUUAGAAAAAUAUUUAUAUGGUUCAUAUUUAUGGGAUAUGAAAUGUUUUAGGGCAAUUUUAUCAUAUGGUAUGUUUUUGUCGCCAGUGUAUACGAUGUGAUGGAAAUAAGUUUAAAACUUUAGAUAAAGCCGUUAUUAAACACUAGGCUUAAUUUGAUAUAAAAUAUAUAAAUUGAAAUUUCAUCAAAUUUCGGACUCAUUUAUUAUUUUUACUUAUUUCCUUUUAAUUUAAAAUAAAUGUGAUUUGAUAAAAUUCAAAACUCACAAUAGUUAAGGGUCUAUUUAGUCGUGUAAUUUAAAAAUGGUUUUCUAUUUUAAAAAAAUAGAGAACUGUUUUUAAAAUUUUCUAACACUAUUUAAUAGUUGUUUUAUAAAAACAAUUUUUAAAAAUAAAGUAAAAUAGAUAACAAGUAGGAAUUAUUUUCAUCAAUUUUUAAAAACAAAUGAAAAAUAUGGGCCCAUUUGAUUAUAUUUUUUGAGACUUACUUUUAAAAAUUAUUUUUAAAUUAAAGAAUAAAAAGCCAUUUUUAAAAACAAGUUCUAAAAAACAUAGCUAAACGGGUUAAGUAUAUUUAAAUCAUGGAGGUGAGUAAAGUUUACCUUUAUUGAAUAUGAGGUUACUAAAUGAAAAUAAGGCAUGAGAGUUGAGCAACUAGCGACAAAUAUGGGCUGAGAUAAUUGUUUUUAAAAAUAAUUUUAGUUUUUAAGAAUGGAUUUUGAAGAUGAGAUGUUUUUAGAAUAUAAUUUAAUUAUUUUCACUUUUUUUUAUUUAUUUCUUACCCAAUAUUUUAAGAAUUAAUUAUAUAAAUAUGAAAAAUGAUUGAAAAUAAAACAUGAUAAAUAAAAAUUAUUUUUAAGAAAUAUUUCGAAACAAAAAAAAACAGGUUGAAAAAUUUCCAUAUUGUAGCCGUACCAUUUUUUUAUCAGAUUUGAGAAGCAUUAGCUGCAAAGUUCUUAAUGAAACCCUCCUCUUGAGUUCCUUGAUCAACAUUUUCAUUAUGUCAUUGUGAGAAGCAGAGUCAUGAACUGCAAGAGUUUUUUUUAUAGAUUUCCAAGUACAAUAUCUUGACACACCCAUGAAAAUGGAAACCAAAAGCAGGGCCAGCUACAGGCAUCCCCGGCUUAAAGAAGAGAAGGAAGAAGAGGGGCACUGUGAGAGAACUGCAAAAGCAAAAGAGCAUAAAGUGGUUGGCUGUCUUUUUUCUCCUUUUUCUGGUUUCCACACCAGCUUCCACAAAACAUCCAUGGCUGCACUACUUAGUGUACCCCCUUGGUUGAAACUGGUGAUGGCUGUGCUGCUGCUCUUGCCUUUGCCGCAGCAAGAAGUUUGAGAUCUUGAUCUUGAUUAUCACUGUCGAGGGCUGUAUUCGUCAUACCUUUUGUUUGAAAGGGAAAGAAAAGAGGCAAAGCACAAUAAACUUGGUUAAGAAUGACGAACCUCAAAAUCUAUCUGAUGUAGGAAUUGUAAAUGGGAGAAGAAUAGAGUAUUGAAUUUACCAAUAUAGUCGCAUACACCGCCACUGUUACAAGUACAUUUCAUACCACAGUAGAUGGCGCAGACGUAGAGAGUUUCAUGAAACUCCUUUUGGCAUCUGCUGGGGCAUCCAUUUAAGCAUUCAAACAGCCCUUGAACCUCAUGGGUUGCUAGAAGAAUCACAAGGCAGCACAGCAGCAACACAUGGCUUCUUUGUGCUGCCAUCUCUCUCUCUCUCUCUCUCUCCCUCCGUGGUUGUGUGUGUCUUGUGUGGGUGGGUGAGGGGCUAUUGCAUUUACACAUGCAUGAAUUGGCUAAAAUUGGAAAGGUAGUUGAGGGCUUGAGGUUCAGAUUUGGUCAACAUUUGGUCCUAUUAGCAUUUCCUUAUUGUUUAUGGUUAAGAAAACUCCAUGCAUUUAGACUAUUAACUCACAGACACCUGAAAAGGUCAAAAUAAAUUCAGAAAAAAAUGUGAAAAUUAUUUGAGAUUUUGACUUUUUCAUGAAUAUUUUGAUAAUUAUUCCUUCAUGUCUGCAGAUAAGCUGCAACUAAGAUCAACCAUAAAUGAUUGAUGUGUAUAUAUGAGAAUGAACAUGUUGAUCUCUUGCUAAAUGUCAAGUCUUUACAUGGUUUAAUUAAAUUACAUACAUCACCUAAACAUACUGCUGUCACAACCACUUCUGUCAGCACCCCAAGGCAGGCUGCUUUCAUGCUUGAGAAAUGAAGGUGUGAGGUGUCAGACAAGACUCAACUCAUCUGUGGUAUUAGCAGCAUUCGUGAACUCUUGAGAAUCCAAGGCACCAAGCUUUUUCUGCAGUGCUGCUAAUUCUUCCCCCGCGUCGCAAAUAUAGGCUGAAGUUUGCCUGCCUGACAGGGUUGCUCCUUCCAUACUGUCAAUGUAAUCCUGU